AUGUUCUGUCAUUGUUGCGCUUCAGAUGACAAGGAGAACCAACUUGAUUUGGCUCCAGAGUUGAAGACAACACCGAAAGCGUUUGGCACCCUUGCAGACGAAGUACAGGAAGACGACAGUCGUUUCAUCGUGGUCUUGAAGGGCGGCACGGGGUCAUUCGGCUUGUCAGUGGACCGGUCAAACUCAGUAUGCGUGAUUGUGAGAGACGUCACUGGAGGUGCCGCGGCGAUCUGGAAUGAGUCCAACCCGACGAAGCAGAUUAAGCCUUUUGAUCAGAUACUGGAAGUAAACGGCGAGCCCUGUAGUGGGGAGGACAUCUCCAGCAAGCUUGAGGACAGAGACGUGAAGGACAUACGCUUAACAGUGAAGCGUCCCGAAGAGAGGACACUUGUUCUGCACAAACCAGGCCGUUUGGGUAUUGAUGUGAACUACCGGAAGACGUCGGCAAAGCCGUGGAUUGCGUCUGUUGGCAGCGGUCUCGUGGCUGAGUGGAACAAGGCAAAGCCUGAGAUGGCAGUGGCGGCCAACGAUCGUAUCGUGUCGGUGAAUGGCCACUCGGGGGCUACGGAUAUUCUUCUGGAGAAGCUUCGAAGUUCAGAUGACACCAUGGUUUUGACGGUGAUGCACUAUGAUACAUGA